AUGUUUAGUCAUUUAGAAAAGGAAGUUAUAGAGUUUAAUGUUAAUCGAAAAGGAAGCACGUGGAUGCAAAAAUAUAUUGCAUCAAACCACAAUAACCCUGAACAACCCUUUAUCCUUGUCGUCGUAACGAAUCUUAUAAAACACUGCCAUCAGCUACAAGAAGCAGGAGAAUUAGUGUACAUGGAUACAAUGGCGGGGCUUGAUGUUCUUAAUACCCCCUUGAUGAUUUUUUCUACUAGUACACCCGCUGGUGGCCUACCACUUGCAGCAAUUCUUACAUCCAAUAAAACCGCAGCUACUUUUACAAAAGCAUUAGAGAUAGUAAAAAAGAUGAUUCCAUCAGUAGCAUUUGGGAGAUGGGGAUCUGUCAUUGGGCCCCAAGUAUUCAUGACGGAUGAUUGUAGAGUGGAAAAAAGGUGGCUUUGGGAUAGUAAACAUAAGAUUCAUAAUAAUGAUCAUGCAACCCUAAUCGAACAUGUCAAAAAAAUGGUUUUUUCAAAAACAAAAAUUGCACUUAAUAUAGCAUAUUCGGAAUUAAUUCAUAGUAAUGUUUAUCAGAAGUAUCCAACCUUUCAAAACUAUUUCAAAAUUUCAUGGGAACAUCAUCAUGAAUGGGCUGUUGCAUUUCGCCAACUGCUUCCUAUCCAGCAAAAAAUCAGAAAAAUUUUUAAUAGUGAUAAGUCAGAUAGUUCCGAUGAUGAAAAUAUGUUCACUUUACUUGAAUCUUCAAAUAUUGCUGAUAGUAAUGGCAUUGAUAGUGACAAUAACAAUAUUGAUGACAAUGGCAAUAACAAUAUUGAUGACAAUAGCAAUAACGAUAUUGGUGACAAUGGCAAUAAUUAUAUUGAUGACAAUGGAAAUAACGAUAUUGAUGACAAUGACAAUAACAUGAAUAAUGAUAAAACAAUUGAAAUCAUUACAACUUAG